CAAUCGGUAGAGGAGAAGUCGAGGUUAGAGGGAACUGGGAGGUACUUUGCUGUCUUCAAUCGAAGUUGAGGGUGCAAAAAUGCAGAGUAAUAAAACUUUUAACUUGGAGAAGCAAAACCAUACUCCAAGAAAGCAGCAUCAACAUCACCACCAGCAGCAGCACCACCAGCAGUAACAGCAGCAGCUGCCACCACCUCCAAUACCUGCAAAUGGGCAACAGGCCAGCAGCCAAAGUGAAGGCUUGACUAUUGACCUGAAGAAUUCUAGAAAACCAGGAGAGAAGACCUUCACCCAGCGAAGCCAUCUUUUUGCGGGAAAUCUUCCUCCCGACAUCACUGAGGAAGAAAUGAGCAAACUAUUUGAGAAAUAUGGAAAGGCAGGCGAAGUCUUCAUUCGUAAGGAUAAAGGAUUUGGCUUUAUCCGCUUGGAAACACGAACCCUAGCGGAGAUUGCGAAAGUGGAGCUGGACAAUAUGCCACCCUGUGGAAAGCAGCUGCGUGUGCGCUCUUCCUGCCAUAGUGCAUCCCUUACAGUUCGAAACCUUCCUCAGUAUGUGUCCAACGAACUGCUGGAAGAUGCCUUUUCUGUGUUUGGCCAGGUAGAGAGGGCUGUAGUCAUUGUGGAUGAUCGAGGAAGGCCCUCAGGAAAAGGCAUUGUUGAGUUCUCAGGGCAGCCAGCUGCUCAGAAAACUCUGCACAGAUGCAGUGAAAGCUCCUUCCGGCUAACCACAUUUCCUCGUCCUGUGACUAUGGAGCCCAUGGACCAGUUAGAUGAUGAAGAGGGACUUCCAGAGAAGGUGGUUAUAAAAAACCAGCAAUUUCACAAAGAACGAGAGCAACCACCCAGAUUUGCACAGCCUGGCUCCUUUGAGUAUGAAUAUGCCAUGUGCUGGAAGGCACUCAUUGAGAUGGAGAAGCAGCAGCAGGACCAAGUGGACCACAACAUCAAGGAGGCUCGUGAGAAGCCUGAGAUGGAGAUGGAGGCUGCACACCAUGAGCACCAGGUCAUGCUAAUGAGACAGGAUUUGAUGAGGCGCCAAGAAGAACUUCGGAGGAUGGAAGAGCUGCACGACCAAGAGGUGCAAAAACUAAAGCAACUGGAGCUCAGGCAGGAGGAAGAGCACAGGAACCACGAAGAAGAGAUGCGGCGGCAGCAAGAAGAAAUGAUGCGGCGGCAGCAGAAAGGAUUCAAGGGAACCUUCCCUGAUGUGAGAGAGCAGGAGAUUCGGAUGAGUCAGAUGGCUAUGGGAGGUGCUAUGGGCAUAAACGGCAGAGGUCCCUUGCCCCCUGCUCCUGUGCCAGCUGGUACCCCAGCUCCUCCACGACCUGCCGCUAUGAUGCCAGAUGGAACUUUGGGGUUGAACCUAUCAACAACUGAACGUUUUGGUCAGGCUGCUACAAUGGAAGGAAUUGGGGCAAUUGGUGGAACUCCUCCUGCAUUCAACCAUGCAGCUCCUGGAGCUGAAUUUGCUCCAAACAAACGUCGCCGAUACUAAUAAGUUGCAGUGUCUAGUUUCUCAGAACCCUUAAAAGAAGGACCUUUUUUGGACUAGCCAGAAUUCUACCCUGGAAAAGUGUUAGGGAUUCCUUCCAAUAGUUAGAUCUACCCUGCCUGUACUACUCUAGGGAGUAUGCUGGAGGCAGAGGACAAGGGAGGGGUGGUAUUAAACAAGUCAAUUCUAUGUGGUAUAUUGUUUAAUCAGUUCUGUGUGGUGCAUUCCUGAAGUCUCAGAUGUGAUUGUUGAGGGCCUGGGGAAACCAUGGCAAAGUAGAUCCAGUUAGAGCCCAUUAAUCUUGAUCAUUCCGUGUUUUUUUUUUUUUUUUUGUCCAUCUUGUUUCAUUUGUUUGCCCCACCCCCGAGAUGGAGUCUUACUCUGUCGCCCAAGCUGGAGUGUAGUGGCACGAUCUCAGCUCACUGCAGUCUCUGCCUCCCAGGUUCAAGCUUGUCCAGGCUGAUCUUGAACUCCUGACCUCGUGAUCCCCCGCCCCGGCCUCCCAAAAUGCUGGGAUUACAGGGGUGAGCCACCGUGCCCAAUCUCACUUGCUUUCUUAUCCUUACACUCCCCCAGUCCCAGAGAAACUGCCACAUACAUCACAAAAACCAAA